AUAUGCAUCACAAUUAAUCAUUGUAUAAACGCUUAUAUCGAUAUAAACACCACAUCAGGUGUAGUUAGAGGUCAGACUAUAUACGGGUUAAACGCCAGUAUUGACCAGUUUUUAGGCAUACCUUACGCCGAACCUCCCAUCGGUCGACUCCGGUUCGCCAAACCUGUGCCCAUCGCUACACCACUUCAGGACAUUAUCGACGGCAGUAAAACAAAGUACGCCUGCAUUCAACCCAUUAGUGCAGACUAUGAGCGUAUAUACGGAAAUGUAGCACAAAGUGAGGACUGUCUGGUGCUGAACAUAUGGUCACCCUAUCGGCCACAUAAUAACACUCAAUUGGCACUAAAACCAGUCAUGUUUUGGAUCCACGGCGGGUCACUGACCGUAGGGUCGGUAUACGAGCGCACGACUCACUAUAUGUGGUUCAACGGUGCGGUACUGGCGGCCAAUGGUGUGGUAGUGGUAACCGUUAACUACCGAUUGGGUCCGUUUGGGUUUACAUAUGGAGGUGCGGAUGAGACGGCGCCGGGAAAUGCGGGUUUUUAUGACCAGUUAUUAGCACUCAAAUGGGUUAAAGAAAACAUACACUUGUUCGGAGGAGACAAAAACCUGGUCACUCUAUUUGGUCACAGCGCCGGCAGUUGGUCCGUAUCGGCGCACAUACUCUCUCCGCUAUCGAGGGGUCUCUUCCGGAGGGCUAUUAUGCAAAGCGGAGCCCUUUUAUGGGACAAACGGCGGGGUAUUGUCAACAAACUGGAGCCCCUUUCGGCCGCUAAACAAAUGGCCACUGAAUUGAACUGCACUUCCGAUAACAACAACGAGUGGUUACAGUGUCUGAGAGGUGUCGGCGCCGAUCAGCUCCGAGAUGUGACUAAAGGGCAUAUAUUUCCCAUACAAGAGGGCACAGAGUUUUUGUCUGAACUGGCCAUAGAUGCAUUUAAUGAUGGCCAUUUUAAUCCAGGUGUAGAUAUAAUAGCCGGUGUCGCGCGCCGGGACGGCUCCAACCUUGCCCACGAUUCCAUACCAUACCUGUCCGGAAAUAUAACCAUGGACACUUUCAAACUACUCGUACAGGGAGUGGGGGCUGUAUUUCCCGACAUAAAUGUCACAGCAGUUUGCGAUUACUAUCUGUCAGGUGUGGACACCGGGAGCUCCGAUGCACUUAAGGUGGCUUUCUAUGAGUUUUUUGGUGAUUUACUCGUGAAGUGUCCGACAUAUGUGUUCGCCCGACAGUACGAUCAACUGUCGCCCAAAUCUCGGGUCUAUUUCUACGAGCAGUCAUACCAGAGCCGUAACGCUUGGCUGUGGGGCUGUGUUGGCCCACAGAUGGGUGUCUGUCACGGGGCGGACCAGGAGUUUGUAUGGGGUGUACCGCUUGUCUAUCCCAACACUUUUACCGAUACUGACCGCCAGUUUGCCCGAUAUGUGACUAAAAUGUGGACCGAUUUCGCCAAAACUGGUGUGCCCGAUGCUAAUUGGCCACAAAUUAUUAACAAUGAUGAUGAUAUCACGGGUGUUAAAGAUCUUAACCCUAUUAAUCCAAAUCGUUUUGUCAACAUAAUAACUAUAGCAGAUGCUAAAAAUACUAAACCAAGCGAUGCCUGUUCAUUGCAGGUACCGUCAGAACUAGUGCCGUGC